GUGGGCGACAGGCCAGAUGGGGGCGCACGGAGAAGGGCGCGAGGGGCGUGGUGGUGCCGGAACCGGCAGGCAGCGAGCCGGGCUCUCAGGACGACACUGCGGACCCUAGGGUACAGGCGGCUCCAGGAGGUCCAGGUCUUCAGGCGCCGCCCCGGCCUCCCCCCGUCAUUCCCUCACUUACCAGCCCACGCGGGGCCGACGGCACUCGGCAGCACUGGUUCAGCCUCCUGGGCGUCCGUGGAAACGCCGUCCGGCUGGAACGACUUCCGGAAACGACUGCGCCUCAUUGGCUGUUUGCGCGGGGGGAGGGGGACGGAGGCUACCGCUGAUUGGCUGGCGGCCCUUGCGUCGGCGGAACGAGCUGGGAGGCGGAGUGCAGGCGGGUGGGGCUCCAGGAAGAUCAGCCCUUCCGGUGCGUGCGGUGGUUGGCGCUCGAAGGACAGCAAGAAACUGUCUUCAAUGGCUUCACUGGUGGCUUAUGACGACUCGGACUCAGAGGCUGAGAGCGAGCCCGUGGGAAGCGUCAUUGCCGCCAGCCAGGUGGAAGACACUCGCGAUGCGGUCCACGCGCGUGACCAGGGUUCCGAGUCAGGAGCCCUGGGCGGGAUGGAAGGGACCGCACUGCCCACGAAGCACCGUUCUGCAGAAGACCCCGCUGGCCCCCGUCUCCCGCCGGCGCGGCUCUGGGGAAGCGGCCCAGGGUCUUGCCCCAGCCAGAGGCUGCAGUGGCCUGGGACAGAGCCCGAGGUCGCCCUCGCCACGGGCGAGCCUCCUCGUGCUUCCCUGUGGCUCAGUCACGUCCCCGCUGGCAACGUGCCCCUGGCAGCAGCCCUGGUUAAGCAGGGGAAACCCUCCUGGGGAACUUACGACCCCCCGGAACCCCCUCUCUGUGCCCGGACCCAGUCUGGAGCCCCAGGCGCACCAGGCAGCCCCGUCCAGAAGAAGAGGCGUGAGGACUGCGUUGUGCCCUACACCCCGAAGAGGCUGAGGCAGUUGCAAGCACUGGGCACAGAGACAGGCAAGAGUAAAGCCGCGGAAGCCAGGGGUCCCUCCGCGGGGCGCCCCCCGGCCCCGCUCUGCAUGGAGCCCCGGGUGUCUGAGUUUAUUCAGCCCCAUUUGGACACUCAGUACAAAGAAACCCAGAUUUCCAGGAAGGUGCUCUUUCACCUGCGAGGCCACCGGGGCCCCGUCAACAGCAUCCAGUGGUGUCCUGUCCUUUCGAGGAGCCACAUGUUUCUCUCCGCUUCCAUGGAUAAAACCUUCAAGGUGUGGAAUGCCGUGGACUCGGGGGGCUGCCUGCAGACCUACCGGCCGCACAGCGAGGCCGUGCGGGCCGCCCGGUGGUCCCCCUGCGGCCGAUGCGUCCUCAGCGGCGGCUUCGACUGCGCCCUGCACCUCACGGACCUCGAGACAGGAGCCCAGACGUUCAGCGGGCAAAGUGACUUCCGAGUGACCGCCCUGAAGUUCCACCCGAAGGACCACAGCCUCUUCGUGUGCGGGGGCUUCAGCCCCGAGGUCAAAGCCUGGGACAUCAGGGCCGGCAAGGUAGGCCCGUCCGCAGUGGGGCCUUCUGCGGGGAACUCGCCGCGACGGGUGGGACCAUGGGGCAGGUCGGCCGCUCUGCCCGCGGCGCCUCAGGUGGAAGGGUCACCGCUCAGCAGUCCGAGCUCAGCCCGAUUCUUAGCUGUUUUGGAAAACAACUUCGAGUUGUUAAGACGAGUCAAGCAUCACAGGCGCGAUUCUGUACAGAAUCGUGUUAGCAACGAUGUUUACUGA